AUGGGCCAUUACCAAAGCAGCACCCCGAAGAGACAUUGGGGGGCUGGAAAUUCAACUUUGAUUUCCCGACUCGAUAAGGGGGUGCUACAAGGGUGGAAGAAGAAGAAGGGCGGCCCUACUCCUGUUGUGAAAUAUAUUGAUUCCAGAGGGGUUAAGCGGUACAAGGGAACAGCCGAUCUUCGGAAGACGGAGAUUUACCCAAUGGCAUUUGCCAGAGAGGUGCUGGAUUUGGUCGAGGAUAUGAAAAAGUCUUGCCGUGGGCAACCUCAGCUUCCGAGCCGUGUGCCACCAGCCCUUGAAACAUUCCAGACUACGGAAUGGAACGAUGAUCCUGACUUCACCGCUAAAGUGGAGACUCCGACUCCAGUGGCGACGCCUGUGCGAAGCCUUGCCGAGGGUUCAGCUCCCCAAGUUCCAGAACCCCCUCGAAGUCUUACGGACGCCGUGCCAGAGACACCACCAACACCGGAGGGAGGACGAAAACCCAUGACUGACAGGGGCUCCCUGCAGUUGAAGCUUCGUCUUGCGGCAAAAGCUCGCAUAAUGCGAAUGGUGAAGGCUAAAUCGAAGAGACGUGACUUAGAAGUACCUGAAUGGGUCAAGGCAGAAUGGGGCAAGGGGAACAAGAACCAGAUCGCUGAUCUCCUUUGCUCGGCCAACUUUGACAAGGAAGCCUUUUUGAAUUCCCUUCACGUCGUGGUGACGAAGAAGAAGGUGGUUUCUGUGGAGGUUGAAGAGGGGUGGUUCUCCGAGUCCGAGUUGCGAGAUGAAGUUGGCUGGUCACAACUCUACAUUUUGAGAAGGUAUGCUGUUUUAUUGUCCACAUCACAUUUCCGAUGCAGAAAGAACCUCUACGACAACGAGGAGGAGUACUGGGUAGUGCUGAAGGAAACGGGAAAACGAAAGGAGGAGCAGAGCUUUGAGGAAAUCCACAAGCGUCAGAAGCAGGCCAUACCCCACAUAUAA